CCGGAGUGGAUUCAAUCCACCAAACAUGGCCGACCGCGCCGAGUCCACGAAACUACGGAAACUCAGCCCGCCACGUAAGGUGCUACACUUCAGCGACGGCGUGCUUCACGAAAACAGCUCCGAAGAGGAUGAGCCACCUGUGCCCAUGACCGUGGUAGACCCGAGUACGCUACCGUGGGCGCCGUUCCUGCUGCACUGGGCGUUGCAGCUGGGAAGCCAGGCUCUGGCCGUGUGCGACUACCUGGGAGAGCACCUGGCCAACUGGUUCGGCGUCACGGCGCCCAAGUACCGGUACGAGAUCGAGCAUGGACAGGCGAGCGACGACGACAACGAGCUGAAGCAGGAGCCCGGCUGGCAGCGACCAGCGGAGCUGCUCCAGGUCACGGCCCAGCAGCCGGCCCAGCAACAGGGUCCGCGCUACUGAGUGUGAACGCACUCGUUUACACUGAGCACACGGCGAGCCGCGACUAUUGCGUGCCAUGCUCGUCCCCACCCGCACGCGAGGGCGCACCGACGCACACUUGAAGGCGCACACCGCGAUUUAUUAUUCUUCGUUUUGGGCGGCUGGUCGAGCCUGCGCGGAGCACAGGCGGCACGUUGCAUGGUCGCGUACCUCACAUUCAUUCCAGAAUGCCAAAGGAUCAAAAAGCAUACGUGGUAUGUCAAGCGGAGAGCGUAGGCUUUAUUUAUAUUUAAGGCAAUUAUGCACGCUUUGGUGGACCACAAACACUUGUCACAUAUGAACGUCCGUACAGCAUAAAAUGUUAAGAGUGGGAACUUCAUAGACCUGUGGCUUGUUUGCGCAGAGAAUUCGUGCAGACACUGCGCUUGGUAGUCUUUGAUAAUGCAUCUAACUCAUGUACAUACAUACACAUGCCUAGUCUGCCCGGAAAUAUUGGAAAGCUGUUUUCAUGCUUGAAACAGCAUGUAAUUGGCCAUGAAAAGUGAGCCCUUCAGACUUCAUUGUUUGGUGUUGCUUUCCUAUGAGCCAAAAUAUAGACAAGCUUUUGAUAACCUCGAGGGUUUUCCAGUGCACAUAAGGAUUUUGGCCCAGUUAACUGACCCAAGAAUUAUGGUAUCUAUCCAAACUUUAUGUCUCAAGUAUGGUGAAUGUUGUUAGAACCAUCUGCUCUUCCAUGCUCAUUAAUUCAAGGGGGUAUUGAAUGACUCCACAAGAGGAAGGCUGUGGACAAGAAGUUCCUGGUUAGAGAAAAUUUAAAACUCGGUUAUUUAUUGUGAAUGCCCACGUCUGUUUCGACAAUAUAGGACAGCAUCUUAAUCGUACAGUGGUGGAAAUUCAUUUGUGAAGUCAGUUAACCUACAAGAUGGCGACACGAGUGCUAGUUUGUAAACACCUGUGUGGAGGGGAUGAAGGUUGUGUAACUGGUGUUUUUAGACAACAACAUACAUGAGGGUUGCUUUAAAAAAAAAAGAUGAGUAAAUGUUUAAAAGAAUUUUUAAGGUCUGUGCAAGGUGCAGCCAGAUUAAAUGUUUGAUUGGCAUGUAAAAGAAAUGAUUGCAUUUUGCAAUUUUUUUUUGUUAUGUAGGAUUUUAAUGGCACAAGAGAAAUUUAGCUUCAGAGGAAUUUUUUUUUUAACCCCACAAAACCCAACGUAUCAUUUUUGCUAUGCUGAGUUUGAUACCUCAAAAUUUCUAUUUAAGUGCAGGAAGCUUAUAGCAAAGCCCAUCAUAGUGUCUUUAAUACACUGGAGCGAAAUUUUAGUUGUGGCCAGUUAAGUAAACCAAUCACAGUUGGCUCCCGUUAAUACAACCUCGCUUAAUUAUAUUUUACACUUUGCCUUUCCCUUUGUAACGGGUGGCCGUUACAAUGACGGCAGGGCAUUGACAUUGACUCCCCACCAGCACCCCCUCAUGUGUGCAGCGGCUACUGAAAGCUUGGAAACAAGAAAUUCCGCAGAUGGUGCUACUAGGUCCCUGGGCGACGACAGUGACUGCAAUAACUUGUCCUGCAGUUAUGAUAACGACUUGUGCUGCGCCCUGGGCGAUAUCUCUUUUAACAAUUUUGCCAGUGACGACGAUAGUGUUGGGUUUUGGGGGCCACUGACUGAUGAUGUGUGUAGUUAUUCUAGUACUGUAUUAUAAGUAGUCUGUAAAUGAUGACAGAAUACUUCAAGCAAUUAAAAAAAAUUCGUCCCGUCAGUUUUCUUCCAUUUCUCAAUUCGACUUUUGGAUAAUUCCCCGAAAACUAUAGGUUCCACAAGGCUCGAAAUAACUGGAUGGACUGUACUAAUUGUCAUACUAAUAAAUUUUUGACUCAAGUGAUAUUUCAUUGAUUUUUAGAAGAUGUAUGUAUUCCCCAUGUCCUAAAAUACAGAUGAACGAAUUGUUCUAGUUUUUCUUGAUGUGGAAGGGUGUUUGGGAUUUGUGGGGUUAGAGUUACCUCAUUUUGUUAAACGCUGAUCACAUUAAGCUGAUGGCAACGAAUAUAGUUCCAGUAAGCAUAGUCGACUAACAAUUUAUGUGGUACCGUUGGUGACCAAGACAUUGCCAGCCUUUGCUAAUUCACUCGAGCUUCCCCUAAAGCCUAGUGUCCUUUCUGCCUCUGUAUGUGCCUGAUUCAAGCUAAACCAUGCACCUCUUUCUUGGACAGGGACUGUGGCCCAUAUUUAUUCUUGCAGCCAUUUUGCUGCUCGUACUGCUCACGCUUUGUGAAUGCUGCAUGUUGUACUGCGAAGCAUUCUGCUGGAGAAAUUCAGCAGAGCUGAAUAUGUUGUGCAAGAAGGUACUGUUUUCAUACGCUACUUGCUAGUUGUUUAUGCCCAUGUUUUGAACUUGUUCUGAAUAAACAGAUGCUGAAAUGUG